UUUGGUGAUGCAGGCGUUGCUAGAGGCGCUGGAGCAGUGGGACAUGGUGGAGGAGGCGAGCAAGGACCGCGCCAAGGAUCGGCGGGCACUGGCCGCGAUCCUCCGUGGCAUUCUGCCGGAGAUGAAGGCCGGGCACGCCGUGAAGAAGUCGGCGAAGGAGGCCUGGGACUCCGUGAAGAAGAUGCGAGGCGGCGACGACCGCGUGAAGGCGGCGAACGUGCAGCGGCUGAUGAAGGAGUUCGAGAACUUGAGCUUCCGCGACGGCGAGGCGGUGGGCGACUUCACCGUGCGCGUCGACCACCUGACCGCACGCCUGGGAGACCUUGGCGAGGUGCUGCCAGACUCCCGCGUGGUCAGGAAGGUGCUGCAUGUCGUUCCGAGGAUUAUGAAGCAGGUGGCGAUCUCCAUCGAGAUCCAUGGGUACCUCAACACCAUGACGCUGGACGAGCUCGUCGGCCAGCUCUAGGUCGCAGAGGAGGCAGACGCCGAGGACGAGCCGGUAGCCAAGACAUGGAGUGGCGAGCAGCUGCUGCUCACCAAGGCCCAGUGGGAGGCACGUUCGCGCCAGCAUAGAGGCGGCGGGCGUCGUGGUGGCGGCGAACACGGCGGCGGCCAUGGAGGUGACCGCGAUGACGACGACGGCGGCAGCAGCACGAACUCGGAGCGCGGUAGGAGCCGCUACCGAGGAAAGUGUUUCGACUGCGGCGUGCGUGGACACAUGGCGCGUGACUGCCUGAAGAAGAAGAGGGAGAAGGCAUUGCUGUGCGACGUCGACGAGGAGGCGACAUUGCUGUGAAGAUCGAGUCCACCAUUUCGUGUUUAGAGGGAGAUUGUUAGGAAUAAUCACGCCAUGGUCUAUUCCGGGCGUGCGUGAGUCCGUGUGUGUCGCGUCGUGUGCAUGCGCAGGACAGCCACGACGAGGUCAAGUCAGGGUUGGUGUGUGCGCGGAGGAUAGCUUUGCCGCUGCUGUGCUGUUUAGAUUGUGUCGCGGAGAAAUUGGGUGAGUAGUGUGCGUGGCGCAGAUCUUGCGGAGGCGGCCGCCGUGACUAGGCGUGAGCGCGAAAGGCUCGCGGUCAUGGACGAGCGCGUUCCCAGGAUCGGUCGCAACGGCCAUCGUGGAGAUGUGCUCCCCGGCCUACAAGAAGCCCCUGCGCUCCUCAUUGUACUCUGCCGAGUCCGUUUUAUCAGUCAAGGGCCAAGAUACAGGAGCUAUUGGCUCCGCGGCGUUCGUCACCGAAAACUACUGUUCAUCUUCUACCUCCGUCCGCCAGCGAGAGAGAGAGAGCUAGGGCGAGCGCGGGUGUGGGCGAGCCUGCGGAACGCGUGUUCCCGGGCAUUUCCAACAGACGCCGGUUAGUCAUUGGUGACAUGAAUAUUAGGAUGCGAUGGUACGUUGUUUUAUCUACGCGCUCUUAGGGCAUCUCCAAGAGCUCUCCAUUUUAACUUGCCAUCCUAAUUUUUUUUGGCAAAAAAAGAAAAUUAGGUGUCCAACAGCUUGGCAAAGAGCUUGGAAAAUUUACCAACUUGGUAAAAAUCCCCCUCCCGGCGCGCAUAUAUCCGAGCGCGAAUACGACUCCGCAUCGCGAAAUCCAGCCCCGUCGCGACUUCUCCCGAGCGCGCGAAGACAUCGGCCUCUCUCCCGCACUCACGAGGAUUUUUCAUUGCCUGUCCUCCCCAGCAGAUCGAUCCCGUCACUCUCCUCGUCAAGGCCGCCAGGUCAGACUCAUUCAAAUGGAAGGAGAUGGAUUCUUGACAGACAUUCUUCUCAAUCAAGAUAAUGGUGGUAUGGAGGACGACCUCAACAUUCCGAUCACACAAGGCAUUACUUCCGAAGGUCAACAAGCCCAUGUGGAAGUGCAGCCAAGUCGCAACACAAAGGGAUCGAAGAGGACAAAAAAUUUUGAUUGGAAGGAAGACGAAGUUAUAUGCUCUGGCUGGUUGAAUGUUAGCAAAGAUCCCAUUAACGGAGCCAAUCAAUCUCGUUCCACGUUUUGGAGUAGAGUUCAUGCUUUCUUUGAGGAACACAAGCAAACUGCAGCUGUGAGGACAGAGAGUUCCAUUAUGCAUAGGUGGCUGACAAUUCACUCACAAGUGAACAAGUAUUGUUGUUGCUAUGAUAAGAUUGAGCGUAGGAAUCAAAGUGGACAAACUAUCCAAGAC